CGCCGCCUCACAGCGUCCUGUUGUGGUUGGCUGAGCAAUCCAUCCGUCAGGAGUCGCGAGUGGUCGGGACUUCCUGUAGUGGCGCGCGGUGCAUUGCCCAGACUGCUUCCGCAGUGCUGCAGUCAACUAGUGAAGAUUGGUUCCGAGGUGUGCAAGAGAGAGAGGGAACUUUGUGCCUACGAGCCUGGGAUGCCUUCCGAGCGAGGCAGACUUGCGGAGCUUGCUACGAAGCCCCCAUCCGACAGCCGCACUAAAGCCCUGGAGGCCCUGGGGCCCACCGAGCGGAAAGGUCAUUCCGACCGCUGACGCGUGAGACCCGAAGGCGGAAGUCCGCCCUGAGCCCUGGCUGCCUGUGCACCUAGGCGCUGGUGGAGCGAGAGCCGCAUCCCAGGAUAGCGUUGGCCGAGUCCCUGCGCCCGCGCGCAGCCUCUCUCGGGCCUUGAAGGAGACUACCCCCACUAUGAGCAGACUCCCUCAGCUCCCCUACACUCCAGAUCCCAAUCCUGCAGCAUCUCACAUUGUGCUCCAUUUGCAGACCGCCCCCCGGAAAUCUGAAAAGUUGGAAUGGGAGUGAAGUGUUCCACCCACUCAAGCACAUAGUUCCACCAGUGUCAGACGAAGAUGAUAUGUUUUCAACAUUAUUUUGAAAUUUCAAAGAAAUGAGUAAGCACAUUUUCAUUAGAAAACCUACAGGCCUUUACCCAGAGGCCUAUCCCGCUAGGCCUCUCCGCACCGGCUUGGUGCCCCGCCUUCCUGGGGACCCACGUGCACGUGCUGCUAGGGAUGUGAGCCUGGCUCGGCUGACGCGGCUAGCAGGCGGAUAACCGAGAGCAGACCAGAAUCCCCAGCAGGCGUCUUCACUGCGUUCCACUUGUCGGGGGCGACUCCCCUCACUCGGUAAACGAAGAAACCCUCCUGCCGGGUCUACCGUGUGUCACGGCAACCGUUGCUAAGGGGCGGGGCUCUGCCUGCUGUUGUCCCGGAGGCCCGCGGCUCACGAAAAUUUGGGUAUUCAAAUAAGGCCCCACCCCCGUUGCCAUGGCGCCAGGGCCGCAACCCCAUCGCUGUAAGGGUAGGGGAGCAUGAAUUGAGAGAGCGACUGCCGCGGUGGAGGGGCCCAGGACUGCGCCUCAGGUAUCGGGCACUCCUGCCCAUCCCCCCACCCCCAGGUGUCACAUGUAGACACAUGUGCCCCCCCUUGCCUGGAUGUUCGACCUACAGCAGGAGGCAACUACCUGCAGCAGAUUGGAUGUGAAUGGACCCAACCUGGGAUAGAUCCCAGGGACCUCGGCCAAGUACAGCUAGUGUCCAAGUACGGGAGCUGAGCCAGCAGGGACUAAACAACCCCUGCCCACAAAGCAAGGAACUGGACAGCCAUGGGGACAUCCACAGGGAGCAUCGGGUGGAAGAGUACCUAUCACCUGCCCAGCUGCAGGCCCUGGCCCAGGUAGAUGACCUCCAACUGGUGAGGGUGCUGGAGAUGUGUGUGGACACCCGUAAGAACAGCCUGGGGAACUUCGGAGUGCACCUCCCUAACCUGAUUCAAUUGAAGCUGAACCACAGCUGUCUGGACUCCCUCAGAGAUCUGGGUACUUCUCUGGGCCACCUGCAGGUGCUCUGGCUGGCUUGCUGUGGCCUGACUGACCUGGAUGGCAUUGGUUCCUUCCUGGCACUGAAGGAACUUUAUGUCUCCUACAACAACAUUUCGGACCUGAGUCCACUGUGCCUGCUGGAGAAGCUAGAGGUGCUGGACCUUGAAGGUAACAAUGUGGAAGACCUGGGACAGAUGCGGUACCUGCAGCUGUGCCCACAGUUGGCCACACUCACACUGGAGGGGAAUCUGGUGUGCCUGAAGCCAGCUCCUGGCCCUUCCAACAAGGCACCCAAGGGCUACAACUACAGGGCAGAGGUGAGGAAGCUCAUCCCCCAGCUUCACAUCCUAGAUGAGGUACCCACCACGUGCACCAACCUGCCUGUCCCCCAGAAGCUGAACCAAGACUGGCUCUUGGUGAAGGAGGCCAUCAAGGAAGAUUGUUCUCACGGAACCACAUGGAAACUUGAUCCAACACUACUUGUGCCUGAGACCCAGCCAUGGGCCCUGUCCCUGCUGGUCCCUGAGGACCCUCUGUCUGAAGGCUUGCUUUCUGAGAACCCAGCCACAGAAGACCAUGCCAGCAACCUCACCCAUGGUACUGGUCAAGUCCUCUGUGGGAACCCCACCAAAGGCCUGCGGGAGCGUAGAUACCAGUACAAGGAAUGGGCACCCCUGGACCAGCUGCCCAUACACAGCCCAGAUCUGGCCACUAACCCCUCCAUCCCAAGGCCUGAUCCUGCAGACAGCUGUGACCUGGCCAUGACUGGACUUCAGGCCUGGAGAGAGCCUGGCUUGUGCCCCCUCCUCCACAGGCAACUCCAGCAGGAAAGGCCUGCUCAGGUCUCAGUGCAGGACCCACAGAAGACCCAUGAAGAGCAAGAAGGCCAGGCUGGAUUCAAGAUUUCCCCAAGCUCUCCGAGCCUGGACUCAGAAUUUUCCAGAACCUCAGGCUUUCGCCUGAUCCCUUCUCCUCCGAAGUACCCAAUGCCACCCAAGUCAGGCAGCAGCUUCCCCAGGAGAUCUGCUGACCUGUCCUUCAGAGGGCGUAGGCUUAGAGUCCUGAGCAGCCUACAGCCUAGCCUGGGUGAGGGGCCUGGCCUGAGUGAGAGGUUGGCUACAGUGACUGCCCUGAGAGCCCUGGAGGUGUCCUCAGGUCCCAAUCAUCGAGUCCAGGGAUGUCCAGAUGCAAAUUCAGCCCUAGGUCCAAAAGCCCACACCUCAGGCAUCCACUGCCUGCAUCAUUUGAACCCUAUCCCUCCAGCCCAUUGUCUCCCUUAGCAUAAUCCCUCUCCUGCCUGGGUAGGGCCAGGGCUCUAGGUUACCUACAUGGCCCAAGUUCUGAGCUGCUUGCUACAGCUAGGGCCUCCGUCCCAGGUAGAUCUGCAGGUUUCCUAAGUGGGGUGCUUUCUUUCUCCUGGGACACAAAGCCCUCUGAAAAAGCCAAGUGAAUCAUUUUCAACUCUCAGGUGUACAGAAAUGUGCUUUACUUUGUAAGCAACAGUUGGUUCAAUAAAUUAUGCAGCUGGCAAUGCCUGCCUGGCCUGGCUGCCCUACAA